AUGAAGCGCACCGAGACUUCAAGCACCGAUGGUGUGGACUCUGUUGAGAAACAAAAGGCUGUAGAGGUAGUGGAUGAUAAACUUGUGGAGGUGAUUUCCUCGCACAAUGGUUUGGAAGUUGAAUCGUAUGAUGAUGAGCCCACGGAGGAAGAGAUGAAGACUUUGAAGCAUGUCGCUGGUACGAUUCCAUUUAGAUGCUGGUUGAUCGCCGUUGUCGAGCUGUCUGAGCGUUUUGCUUACUACGGUUUGAGUACUCCUUUCCAGAAUUAUAUGCAGAAUGGUCCAGAUGACACUCCAGCGGGUCUGUUGAACUUGAAGAGUCAGGGUGCGACUGGUCUUUCGUACUUCUUCCAGUUUUGGUGUUAUGUUACUCCUAUCUUUGGAGGUUGGUUGUCCGAUACGUAUAUCGGGAAGUACAACACUAUCUGUUGGGGUACUGGUGUCUAUGUGAUUGGUAUUUUGAUCUUGUUUGUUACUUCUAUUCCAAGUAUCACUACGCAGAAUGCAGCCACAGGUGGGUUUAUUGCUGCAAUCAUUCUGAUCGGUAUCGCCACUGGUAUGAUUAAGUCUAAUAUUUCUGUGUUGAUUGCUGACCAGUUUCCAAAGCAACGUCAUCGUGUUAUUACUAAGAAGGAUGGUACUCGUGUGAUUGAGGAUCCUAACAUUACUUUGCAAAAUGUGUUUAUGAUUUUCUACCUGAUGAUCAACAUCGGGUCGCUAUCUGUCAUUGCCACCACUGAAUUGGAAGCUCAUGUUGGUUUCUGGGCCGCCUAUUUGCUACCUUUCUGUUUCUUCUGGAUUGCUGUUAUCGUUCUCGCUGUCGGUAAGAACAGUUACGUGAAACCACCUGUCGGUGACAAAGUCAUCUCCAAAUGUUUCAAGGUUGUUGGUAUCGCAAUCAAGAACAAGUUCAAUUUCGAGGCAGCUAAACCAAGUGUUUCCCCAGAUAGGGCUUUCCCAUGGACUGACAAAUUCGUUGACGAAAUUGUGAGAUCCUUGAGCGCUUGUAAAGUGUUUUUGUUCUACCCUGUUUACUGGGUCUGUUACGGUCAAAUGCUUAACACUUUUGUCAGUGUUGGUGGUACAAUGGAGCUACAUGGUUUGCCCAAUGACUUCUUCCAAGCGAUUGACUCGAUCGCCCUAAUUGUAUUCAUUCCAAUCUGUGAAUACUUCCUCUACCCAUACAUCAGAAAAUUCACCCCUUUCAGACCAAUCACCAAGAUCUUUUGGGGAUUCAUGUUUGGUGCUGCAGCCAUGGUGUGGGCUGCCGUGUUGCAACACUUUAUCUACAAAUCCGGCCCAUGGUAUAAAUAUCCAAUGGCCGAAAACACUCCAAACCACAUCCACAUCGCUUGGCAAGUUCCCGCCUACGUUUUGAUCGCUUUCUCCGAAAUUUUCGCCUCCAUCACUGGUCUAGAGUACGCUUACUCCAAGGCCCCAGUGACCAUGAAAUCCUUUAUCAUGGCCAUCUUCCUGCUAACAAACGCCUUUGGCUCUGCAAUUGGCUGUGCGCUUUCCCCAGUGACCAAAGACCCUGACUACGUGUGGCUAUACGUUGGACUAGGUGUAGCCUGCUUUGCCGCAGGUUGGUUGUUCUGGUUCUGUUUCAAGCACUACAACGACACAGAGGAAGCUAUGAAUGCCUUGGACUACGAUGAAGAUCCAACUAUGUUGAAACAUAGCAAAGACGGAAUCGAAGAAUGUGCAGACUUUUCCAAAGCUUAA